AUGAGGGAGUGCGGGGUGGGCGAGCCACUGAGCCAGUGGUUCAGUGACUAUCUCACCGCGCGCUCCUACCGCGUGAAGGUGGGAUCGACGGUCGGCGACGAGCAGGCAGUGCGGUGUGGGGUGCCGCAGGGCUCGGGCUGCGGUCCCGUGUGCUACUUGCUGCACGUGAACAGCCUGUGCGGAGUGCUGCGGCACUGCUCGCCGCACAUGUUCGCCGACGACCUGUGCGUGCUGCGCGCCGGCGCCGCCGACGACCUCGCCGGCGUCUGCCGCGCGGUGCAGCAGGACGUCGACGCCGUACUCAAGUGGUCGCACGAUAAUGGCAUACGAAACUUAAAAGUAACUGCAAACCAAUCUAGAGCGUCCAACAAAAAACAGAUCAAAGGCACAACCGCCGAAAACGGCGAAAUGAACCCAAUUCUGAUAACGAUCGAAAGGUCUGUGGAGUGUCUGUUCAUGAAGGGUGAAUUUACAUUGGUGCGGACAGAAGAAAAUUACGAAACUUUGCUAGACAUGAAUUAUUUGGAACGAGGCUGGUCCAGAAAAUACACUGAUGGGUAG